UCUGGUGGACAGGGCCACGGACAGCAAACACCCAGCAGGGCCAGGAACCCAGACCAGAGCUGGUUCUGAACGUGCUCUUUUUUGGAACAACAGGCUAUCCUCAGGGCACAGCCAGGAAAAGGGGUAGGCGUGGGCUUCGGGGUGGGGGCCAGGUUGUGUGUGGGAACGGGCAGCUCCUCCAAGAGCAGCACUUAUUUUUAGUCUUCUCCCCAGUCCCAAAUAAACCAAGAGCAGCUGGGAGCAUGUGGGUAAAUGCAGAGUGGAGCAGAGACAGGAAAUCAGGGUCUCUUGGUAAUGAGUUCCAGCCACUCCAGAGAGGAAAAGCCAGACGAGGAAUUUUCUUCGGGACUGUUUCCUUUUGGCAGGCUCUGGUAUUAUCACCAAAGGAAUGUGUGUGUGUGUGUGUGUGUACACGUAUGUGUACAACUCCUCUCCAAGUCUGUCUUUUUUCCCUACCUUUGCGUUAGGUUCGAUUGCUCCGCGGGCUCUGUAUCCCAGCGCUGGUGCCCGUGUGUUUCUGUGGGGGCGGUGGGGGAGGAUUCUGGAGCAGCACGGUCUGGGCUGAGUCUUGUGUAUCUGAAACUGUUUAGGGAAAGGCUGGAGGACACUGGCCAGGGAAGUGGGGAAACUUGAACACAGCUUGAUGUCCCUGAGGGGGAGGGGGCAGAGGCAAGGAAGAGGAGAGAAUUUGGUCUCCAGCCAGAAAAAAGGGCUUUUCAACCAAGGAAUCUAACUGCUGACAUGGGUGCCCAGCAUGGAUGGGGACAUUGAUGUUUACAAGCAUUUUGCGUGGCUGAAGAGGUCCCAGGUAAAUCACCACGGUGCCACUAGUAAUGAAACAUAUCAGGAACGCCUGGCACGUCUAGAAGGAGAUAAGGAGUCCCUCAUAUUACAGGUGAGUGUCCUCACAGACCAAGUGGAAGCCCAAGGAGAGAAGAUUCGGGACUUGGAAGUGUGUCUGGAAGGACACCAGGUGAAACUCAAUGCUGCUGAAGAGAUGCUUCAACAGGAGCUGCUAAGUCGCACAUCUCUUGAGACUCAGAAGCUCGAUCUGAUGACUGAAGUGUCUGAGCUGAAGCUCAAGCUGGUUGGCAUGGAGAAGGAGCAGAGAGAGCAAGAGGAGAAGCAGAGAAAAGCAGAGGAGUUACUGCAAGAGCUCAGGCACCUCAAAAUCAAGGUGGAAGAGUUGGAAAAUGAAAGGAAUCAGUAUGAGUGGAAGCUGAAGGCCACUAAGGCAGAGGUAGCCCAGCUGCAAGAGCAGGUGGCCCUGAAAGAUGCAGAAAUUGAGCGUCUGCACAGCCAACUCUCCCGGACUGCAGCUCUCCACGGUGACCAUGCAGAGAAAGACCAAGAAAUUCAACGUCUGAAAGUGGGGAUGGAAACUUUGCUGGUUGCCAACGAAGACAAGGACCGUCGGAUAGAGGAGCUCACGGGGCUAUUAAACCAGUACCGAAGGGUGAAGGAGAUUGUGAUGGCAACUCAAGGGCCUUUAGAAAGAAGUCUCUCAAUCAAUGAGGAAGACCUGGAGGGAAGUUUCAGAAAGUGGAACACUACAAAUAAAGGCCCUGAAGAAUUAUUUAAACCAGAGAUGCCUCCAAGAUGUAGCUCUCCCACGGUGGGGCCACCUCCGCUACCGCAGAAAUCACUGGAAUCCAGGGCUCAGAAAAAACUCUCCUGUAGUCUAGAAGACUUGAGAAGUGAAUCUGUGGAUAAGUGUGUCGAUGGGAACCAGCUCUCUCCAGUGGGAGAACCCAAGGACAGCCCUUUUCUGGCGGAUCACAAAUAUCCCACAUUACCUGGGAAGCUUUCAGGAGCCAUGCCUAAUGGAGAGGCUGCCAAAUCCAGUCCCACCGCCUCCCAGCUUGACCCCACAGGGAGCGGCCUGCUGAGACUGAGAGACACAGAAAGUGGUUGGGACGACACUACUAUGGCCAAUGACCUGUCAUCCACACCAUCCGGUGCUGAGUCUGGUUCUCAGUCUCCCCUGACACCGGAUGGUAAACGGAGCCCCAAAGGCAUCAAGAAAUUCUGGGGAAAGAUCCGAAGAACUCAGUCAGGAAAUUUCAACACUGAUGCACCGGGGAUGGCAGAGUUUCGACGAGGUGGGCUCCGGGCGACAGCAGGGCCAAGGCUUUCUAGGACCAGGGAUGCCAAGGGUCAGAAAAGUGAUGCCAGUGCCCCCUUCGCCCAGUGGAGUACAGAGCGCGUGUGUGCGUGGCUGGAGGACUUCGGUCUGGCUCAGUAUGUGAUCUUUGCCAGGCAGUGGGUGACUUCUGGCCACACUUUACUGACAGCUACCCCUCAGGACAUGGAAAAGGAGCUAGGAAUUAAGCACCCUCUUCACAGGAAGAAGCUGGUUUUAGCAGUGAAAGCUAUCAACACGAAACAGGAGGAGAAGUCUGCACAGCUAGACCACAUUUGGGUGACACGUUGGCUGGAUGAUAUUGGCUUACCCCAGUACAAAGACCAAUUUCACGAAUCCAGAGUUGAUGGGCGCAUGCUGCAAUACCUAACUGUGAAUGACCUACUCUUCUUAAAAGUCACCAGCCAGCUACAUCAUCUCAGCAUCAAAUGUGCCAUUCAUGUGCUGCAUGUCAACAAGUUCAACCCCCACUGCCUGCAUCGGCGGCCGGCUGAUGAGAGUAACCUUUCUCCUUCAGAAGUUGUGCAGUGGUCCAACCACAGGGUGAUGGAGUGGUUGCGAUCCGUGGACCUGGCGGAAUAUGCGCCCAACCUUCGUGGGAGUGGCGUCCAUGGAGGCCUCAUUAUCCUGGAGUCACGCUUCACUGGGGACACCCUGGCUAUGCUUCUCAAUAUCCCACCACAAAAGACGCUCCUCAGACGCCACCUAACCACCAAAUUCAAUGCCCUGAUUGGUCCUGAGGCAGAACAAGAAAAGCGAGAGAAAAUGGCCUCACCAGCUUAUACACCACUGACCACCACAGCCAAAGUCCGGCCAAGGAAACUAGGAUUUUCACAUUUUGGAAACAUAAGAAAAAAGAAGUUCGACGAAUCGACGGACUACAUUUGCCCAAUGGAGCCCACUGACAGUGUUGGGGACAGUCACAGGGUCUACAGUGGCUACCGGGGCCUCAGCCCCCUCAAUGCCCCUGAAGUGGAUGGGCUGGACCAGAUGGCACCUUCAGAAGGCACUGUGACGCAGAUAGGGCUCCUCUCCCAAGACAUUCACCGCCUCACGACCAUGCUGAGCCAGGACCAGCUGCUGAAUGACUCUCGCCUGGCCCCUCCCAACUCUGAGGACUGGAGAUGACUUCUUCAUGGCUGGGAGCCCGAACAGGCAUGUGUAGGGGCUCCAAGGCUUUGCUUCAGUGGGGAGCUGGCACACGGCCGCUGCAGAGCCCAGACUGGGGCGGGCAGGGUAUCUCAGACGUGGGUGCUGAUGUGGGGGAAGUAGGGCUGUGGACAGAUGUUCAGGAGGUGGCCCCAGUACCCCUAUAUUUUUAACUGUGCUGUGCUCUUCACCACAGUUUUUAUACUUUUUGUACUUUUAUAUGUGGACUGCAAACCACUUUUGUGGGGAGGGCAAUGAAAUGUCAGCACAGACUCAGUGGCUCAUGCUGUUCCUGGUGACAGCUGGGAGGCUCUUACACCAAAGGGGAAGGACUAUGACUUCAUAAAAGCUCUACCUGAAAAAGGUUCUGAAUGUUCAACAGCAGGAGUCCUCAACCUCCUGACUGUGGACCUGUAUCAGUCCACGGCCUAUUGGGAACCGGGCCGCCCAGCAAGAGGUAAGCGGCGGGCUAGUGAGCAAAGCUUCCUCUGUGUUUGCAGCUGCUCCCCAGCGCUAGCAUCACCGCCUCAGCUCCACCUCAGAUCAGGCAUCAGAUUCUCAUGGGAGCACUGGUCCCUGGUGCCACAAAGGUUGGGGACUAUUGUUCUAUAGUGACUGAGCUGGGUGAAAUGAUAGGAACACCCUCCUGGGCUGCUUCCAGACAGAAGCAUGUGUUCUCACUCUCAGGAAUCUGGUCUGAAUGAGAGCAGGAAGGAAAGCAAUGAGACUCUGGCCUGGAAGCCCUCAGUCUAACCUAGUCUGCAAAAGGUGUUUCAGGUUUUGGUGCUGCAUGGACUCCCAGCAUCUGAACAGAUG